CCUGACCUUUUUUUGCCGUUCUUUGGUUCAUUUCAUGUCAUUGCUCCUGAGAAAGCCAGAAAAGGCAAAACCAGCGGAAGCUGAUUUUUCCUCAUUCAUUUACUUACAUACUAAAAAACAAUGGAGACACGCUCUCAAGCCUUAGAGCCACCAAAACCCUCUUCCCCUAUAAUAACUCAGCCUCCACCAGAGAUUUCCACACACUGGCUUUCUCUUCCUCCUUCCUCAAAGAAAAAUUAAUUCCAGUUUUUCUUUCCUUUUCACUCUUCUAGCUGCUAGCUUCUCGCUCACCAAACAAUAAUGUUCCCAGUAAACAAGACCAGAAGAGACACACGGAAAGUCGUCUACGGGCCGCCGCUGAAACAACUAAGGACGUUCCUCCGUCCUGUCGUUGGAUCCAGCUCCAGCAGCGGCCCGUCGCACAGCCGUUCUGUCCAGCUCACAGACGACCUUAUUGAGUACAUCUUCACCCUCCUCCCCAUAAAAGCCGCCGUCAAAGCCGGCCUUGUGGCCAGAAGAUUCAGAGACUCCUGGCGUCUGGCGCGCAGGAUCCAUUUCGAGAAAGAGCUUGCCGAAGAGUACGACAACGACGAGUUGGAGACAAUACUGAACCAUGUUUUCGAAUCCCAUAGGGGUGACGAGAUCAAGAGCUUCCGGCUCCACUUCGAUCCCAAUGCCCACGAGCUUCACUUGCCGGAAUGGGUAAGAAAAUGCAUCGAGAAACGGGUCCAGGAGCUGGAUCUCGACAUCUCCCAACCCAAACAGGAGCCUUCUUUCCUUCUCCCUCCGCGCUUCUUCGACGUGGAGAGCCUGAAAGUCUUGAAGCUCUCGUACUCGGUCUUUCAGCUCCCACCAGACCUCAAAGGCCUGUCCUUGCUCACAACUCUCGUUCUCCGGAGAGUUGACAUAACCCCGAAGAUCAUCCAAACUAUACUUGACCGGUGCGCCCUACUCGAAACCCUUGACGUGGGACGGUGUCACGGGUUUCGGCUUCUGAGAAUCCACGCUCAUAAGCAAACGAGGUUGAGGGUUUUGAAGGUGGGAAAUUGUCGGGCGGAGGUUCGGGUUAUUGAGAUUGAUGCCCCGAGUGUUGGAUCUCUUUAUUAUAGUGGAAGUAUUAGUAAUUUCUGCGUAAUUUCUCAAUCUUUGCUGUUUUUGAAAGAGGCCAUGCUCUAUUUCAAGCCUCUGAAAGGGAUCACAAACCCUUUGCAAGUUGAAAGACUUGCUUCUUCUAUCUCGAAUAAUGUCGAGCUUCUUACCAUUACAAGUACAUUUCUCGAGGGUUUGUCUCCGAGAAUUGUUGACGGGGUUUUGAGAGAAAAGCAGGUGAGCUUUCGCAACUUGAAGGAGCUCCAGUUGAUAAUGGAGAAUCCUAGCUAUUGCAAUGCUGGCGACAUUGCUUCAUUUCUCAAAAAUUGUCCACGCCUCGAGAAAUUAUUUAUCGAUGUGAGUAUAAAUUAUGAACAGAUUAUCUAUAUAUAUCUGAUCUUUAUGAGCAAAUUAUUUGUAAUGAUGAUGUUACUGCAGGCGGAUGAGUUUACUUUUGAUGGCGGAGCUUUCUAUGAACUGCAUCAAAGGCCAUUACUGGACAAACACUCGGCCUUGUUCAAACACCUAAAGCUCAUCAAAAUUAUGGGUUUUAGGUUCCAACCUUGUCACCUCGAUUUGACGAGGUUUCUUUUGGGGAAAGCCAUGUCAUUGGAAUAUAUGUUUCUUCUUCUCCCCAAAAGUUUCCGUUUCAGUAGGGCUCUGCGUCAGGAUAUGGACUUUUUCACCGAUGCUUUUCUCUCUUGGAAAUUAUCUCCCGACGCAGAAAUAUCUAUAGGUUUUGCUUGGGAGGACAAAAGCUUUGUUUAUCCGAAACAAUCGAAGAGUUGGUACUGAUUUCUUUAAGAUGGUUUUAUGUAUCAAUUUCAUUGCAAAUUAUUAACUUAAGGUUGUCUUUGGAAUUCAGUU